CUGUUUGUUGGAGGAAUACCGGCCGGCAGUAGGAUUGCCAGCGAAGUACGUAAUCGUGCCUUCGAAGGAGAUAUUGAAGAUUUGACCCUGCACGGUGAACCAGUCGGACUGUGGAAUGCGAAGAGCGGUGGUGCAGUGAGAGUUCGUGGAGCAGAGCCUCGUCCGCGCACCAAGGAACCCUCUGCACAGCCAGGAGUAUCUCUGAAUGGUGAUGGCUAUAUCGUGUACCAAAUGGGAUACUGGAAUCCUCGUAAACGCGCGGUGUUCUCCUUGUCGUUCCUCACCUUCUCACCAGACGGCUUGCUAUUCUUCAUAGGAAAAGAUUUGUCACUGGACUUCGGAUCCGGUGCAGCACAAUGGCUUGCCGAUACCACUACAUACAACGAUGGACAAUGGCAUACGGUAAUGGUGGCUAGAGAUGAGCGACAUGUGAAGAUGGAGGUUGACGGAGUUACGGUGAGAAUGUCUACGCUGAGCGUCACUGACUACUUGUACCUUGGAGGAACACCGGCUGGUGUCAAUACCCGCUCUCCUAUCGAACCAUUCCGUGGCUGCAUCAAGUCGGUUCGUCUGGGCUCCGAUGAAAUGGAUUUGUAUGCAAGUUACGCCAGUAAAGGCGUGAGGAACGCAUGCCCUCUUGGCACUGUGAACACGGUAUCAAUUCUAUCUGAUCGAUCCACGGCAGUAUUCGAGAACAUCACAGUUGCGGAUGAAAUGGAUGUAUCGCUACGCUUCAAAACUCGUCGCUCUUCUGGCACACUGUUGACUAUACAGUCGGAUGAGGAUGACUUACUGGCGUUGAAGAUUGAAGACGGUGUUUUGGUUUCUCUGGAGUUGGCUUCAGCCGCUGAUGAGCAGUGGCACUAUGUGUCCGUACGCAAGACCAAGGAGAUUCUCCGUGUAGACGUGGACG